GGCAAAAUAUGCUGUCAGUGCUAUCAAGAAGAAAGUCAACGACAAGAAUCCCCACGUGGCGCUCUACGCUCUGGAGGUCAUGGAGUCCGUGGUCAAAAACUGUGGCCAAACAGUCCAUGAUGAGGUGGCUAAUAAACAGACUAUGGAGGAACUGAAGGAAAUACUCAAGAGGCAAGUGGAGACAAGUGUCCGCAGUAAGAUCCUGUACCUUAUCCAGGCCUGGGCUCACGCCUUCCGCAACGAGCCCAAGUACAAGGUGGUGCAGGACACCUAUCAGAUAAUGAAGGUUGAAGGUCAUGUGUUCCCGGAGUUCAAAGAGAGUGAUGCCAUGUUCGCUGCAGAACGGGCUCCAGACUGGGUCGAUGCUGAGGAGUGUCACCGGUGUCGAGUGCAGUUUGGUGUAGUGACACGGAAGCAUCAUUGCAGGGCAUGUGGGCAGAUCUUCUGUGGCAAAUGCUCCUCCAAGUAUUCCACCAUCCCAAAGUUUGGGAUUGAGAAGGAAGUGAGAGUCUGCGAGCCCUGUUACGAGCAUCUCAACAAGAAAGCUGAGGGUAAAGCUGCUGCCACCUCCGAACUGCCCCCCGAGUACCUGACCAGCCCCCUCUCACAGCAGUCCCAGCUGCCUCCAAAGCGUGACGAGACAGCCCUGCAAGAGGAGGAGGAGCUGCAGCUAGCUAUUGCCUUGUCUCAGUCAGAGGCCGAGGAGAAGGAGAGAAUGAGGCAGAAAACAACCUACUCCAUGUACCCGAAGGCUGAGCCCACGCCCGUCACCUCCUCAGCCCCCCCGGUCAGCACGCUCUACUCCCCACCCGUGAAUUCCUCUGCUCCCUUGGCUGAGGACAUUGACCCGGAGCUGGCUCGGUACCUGAACCGCAACUACUGGGAGAAGAAACAAGAGGAAGUUCGCAAGAGCCCCACCCCGUCAGCACCUCUGUCCCUCACAGAGCCAGCUGCACAGCCUGGGGAAGCCCACCCUGCCCCGCUCAGUGUUGUUGAGCAGCAGUACCAGAACGGCGAGUCUGAGGAGAACCACGAGCAGUUCCUGAAGGCGCUGCAGAACGCCGUCACCACGUUUGUCAACCGCAUGAAGAGUAACCACAUGCGCGGCCGCAGCAUCACCAAUGACUCUGCCGUAUUGUCCCUCUUCCAGUCCAUCAACAACAUGCACCCCCAGCUGCUGGAGCUGCUCAACCAGCUGGAUGAGCGCAGGCUGUACUACGAAGGCCUGCAGGACAAACUGGCGCAGAUCCGGGAUGCGCGUGGGGCUCUGAACGCGCUGCGGGAGGAGCACCGGGAGAAGCUGCGCCGGGCAGCGGAGGAGGCAGAGC